AUGUUAAAAUACACGUCUGUUGAAACUUAUUCAGUCUUACAAGCAAGCUGCCUUCAACACUGGUUUAAAAACUGGCAAACACUUCGGAGAAACAAAUUGACAGCUAGCACUUUCGCUGCUGCUAUUGGGUUUUGGCGUCGGCAAAGGGUCCAGCUUUGGUUAGAGAAGAUUGGUGCGAUUGAACCUUUCUCUGGAAACCUUGCCACUUGUUGGAGCAAUAUCAAAGAGGAGGAGGCACUUGAAAGAUACAAACUGAUAACUGGAAAUACUGUGUUGUUUCCUGAAUUUCAGGUCUAUGAUGUACACACAGAAGAUAGAUGGCUAGCUGCUUCACCUGACGGUGUAAUUGACAGUCUGGUGCAUGAGUUGCCCUCUCGGGGAGUACUAGAGAUAAAGUGUCCAUAUUUUGAUGGGAACAUAAGCAAAGCUUUCCCUUGGUCUCGAAUUCCAAUUCACUAUAUUCCUCAAGCUCAGGGUUUGAUGGAGAUUCUUGGAAGGGAUUGGAUGGAUUUUUAUGUUUGGACUCCUAAUGGUAGUAGUCUAUUCAGGAUACAUCGUGAUGCAGAGUAUUGGGAUGUAAUGAAAAUAGCGCUAUAUGAUUUCUGGUGGAAGCAUGUCCAGCCUGCAAGAGAGUUGUAUAGUAGUAAUGUUAUAACAAAUCCCCUUUUUCAAUUAAGAUCAGUGAGGCCAGCUCCAAGACAUGAAUUAUGUAGAGAUAUUGUUUAUAAAAGCAAACACAUUGCUGCUAAUUCUAAGUUGUUGAUGCGGGAGAUACAUGGGAAACUGAUAAAUUGA